ACUGUCAUCAGUCCCAUCGAUAUUAAUAGACGAGAAUAUUUGAUUCCAGUGGAGAAUAGUAUUGAAAAAUCAUUGUGUUGUCUGUGCUGUACGUCGGGGCCCAUACACCUCUACGCCAGGACUGAUAGGACGGGUUAUUGUCCCGGCGAAUCCAUAUCAAUAACGGCUGAGUUUGAGAACCACUCGCGACGGGCGAUCAUACCUCACGCCACGCUAUACCAGUCGCAGACAUUCCUGGCCAGCGGUAAAUCCCGGUGCCGUCGCUUCAAGUUUACAAUAGUCACGGGUCUGGCGAUACAGCCACGACGGACGGCCAACUGGGACUCACAACUGCUGAAAAUACCGGCCGUUUCGCCGUCUAUUGUCAACUGUUCGCUCAUUAAAGUGGAAUAUGCCGUCAGAAUCACGUUACAGAUACCCCUCAUCGCAUACAAUCUCUCCGUUUACUUACCCAUCGUCGUGGGCACCGUACCCCUCAGGGCACACAACUCCCAGUAUAGAAACCCACUGAUGAGGCCAUCGGAAGCCCGCAUCACUUUCUACCCGCCGGUGCCCUCGUAUUCGGCGCUAGAGUUGGACGACAUCUCAACCACACGUUUGUUACAAAUUUCUUUGUCUGUAUUUAUGCUUAUGUUUAUGCAUUCAUUUGAUGCCAACAGCGCCGCCAACUUAUACCGAAUGCAUCAGUGGGUCAGUAGAUAUUGGGGACGACGAGGACGGGGACAUCAUAGGAGACACACGAUUCACACCAAUGUAUGCCUACGUUCACAACUAUAG